GCGGAUAUGGUGCGAAGGGCGAAUCCAGAUGCUUGGAUGAGAUGGUGGAUGGGUGGGCUAGACCGGGGACUAGGGCUUGGAAUGGGAUUGAGAAGGACGGAUAUGGAGGGAAAUGGAGGAAGACGGACUAUGUGAGGACUAGAUGGGAGUUACCCCGCAGACUGAGUCGUGGGUGGGGAAUGUGAUGGACGGGGGCGUGGUGGAACAAGGGUGGGUUUGUAGACAUGCAUAAGAGCCCCGCUGAGCCUCCAAACGACAAUUGUUUGCAGGACUGACAGUUUCGUUCGUACUGUUCAAAGCCUCCAUUUCUGUCUACGGAAUCUUCUCCACACGUAGACCAUGAAGAACACAAUGCGAGACCACAGCGAUGGCUCUGACAUCUCAGACCACUCGCCCUCAGCCUCCAAACCAGCCUUCAACCACAUCGAGCAAGUCCACACAAACGAGCAAGUCCCCGGGCACACCAACUACUACGAAAAAGAUGGCUUGCGCACAGCCGGCGACGGCGAAGACCACGAUGCCGAGCAGCCUAUGAACUUUAAGAGAUUGAUGGCAUUAGUUGCCAUGGCCUUUCUCUGGACAGGCAGCCAAAUCCCCGUCUACCUCUUCGGCGGCGUCCCCCCCUACAUCUACGCCGACAUAGGCGGAACAGACCGCUGGAUCUGGUUUAUUCUCGCAAAUCUCCUCUCCCUCGCCGCCGUGUGCCCCUUCGUCGGUUCCAUCUCCGACAUCGUUGGCCGCCGCUGGGUCGCCAUGAUCGGUGCUUGCUUCUUGAUUCUCGGGAUGAUUAUCUGCUCGACGGCACAUUCUAUGAACAUUUUCAUCGCGGGUAUGGUGUUCAGCGGUGUGGGCGCGGGUAUUAACGAGCUUACGGCGUUGGCGGUGACGAGUGAGCUUGCGCCGACGAGUCAGAGGGGAAAGUAUGUUGCUAUUUUGGUGUUCACGAUUUUGCCGUUUUGUCCGAGUGUGCUUUGGGCGCAGCUUAUUGCUAGUCAGAGUCCGGGGGCGUGGAGGUGGAUUGGGAUGUGGUGUGGUCUUUGGGCUUUCAUCGGUCUCGUCUUAACGGCAGUGUUCUACCACCCUCCUCCUCGCGUUAACAGCGUGGGUAUGAGCCGCAGAGAGGUCCUCGCACAGAUCGACUACAUCGGUGGUUUCCUGUCUGUUGCUGGUAUGAUCUUGUUCAUGAUGGGCAUGCAGUGGGGUGGCUACCAGUACAAGUGGUCCAGCGCACACGUACUCGCGCCCUUGAUCCUGGGUGUCGCGUUCCUUGUCGCCUUUGUUUUCUGGGAAGCUUACGGAGCCAAACAUCCCAUGUUCCCCAAGCGUCUUCGCCAGGAGCCCCGGAUUCUUGGUCUCACGCUCGUCAUCACGUUCAUCUCCGGAGCCAACUUUUUCUCCAUCCUUAUGUUCUGGCCGACGCAGGCGUUCAACGUCUACGGCCAUGAUCCUGUCGGGGUUGGUAUCCGAGGUAUUCCAGUUGGAUUUUCGAUUCUGGCUGGUGCUUGUAUCGUUCUGUGGUUGCUGUCAUUGCUCCGUGGUCACAACAAGGAGCUUUUGAUCGUCUCAUCGAUCAUGAUGACUGCAGGCUGCGGUGCCCUUUCUAUCGGUCGUGUCGACAACUUGUACCAGCUAUGGGGAUUGUUGGUUCUUGCUGGUCUCGGUAUUGGUGGUAUCGUCGUGCCCGCAUCUAUUAUCUCCACCAUCAUCUGCCCAGACGACCUCAUCGCAACAAUUGCUGCCCUAACUCUUGCCAUCCGAGUUAUUGGUGGUUCGAUCGGAUACUGUGUGUACUACAACGUCUUCAUCUCCAAAUUCGUUCCCGCCGCAACCUACUACAUCGGCGGCGCAAUGGUGACCAAGCUCAACAUCACAUCCCCAGAGAUCAUCGGAGAGGCAAUUGCCAUCACUGGUGGAUCGCUUCUCCCGCUUCUUCAUGAGCUUCCGGGUAUCAAGGAUGUGCCGGGUGCGUACGAGUUGGUUGUGUACGCUGGUCAGCUCGCGUACGCAGAGGCGUAUAAGUACGUGUACUACGUGAGCAUAGCAUUUGGCGGAGUCAGCAUCAUCGCGGCAUGCUUCUUGGGUGAUAUUUCCAAGUACAUGGACGACCAUGUGGCUGUGGUUAUGCAUUGAGUUGGCCGUAUAGAGCUAAGACCUGUGCGCCACAGGCGUUGACGCAUUGAAGUAGGUAGCCGAGGUCAUAAUUACAAUCGAGGUUUGAUCGAACGCUUGCGUUGUUGAGUUUGAGCGUCCUGCAUGGUUGAUAGACUUGGCUGCAUUGCGGCGCUAUGCCU